AUGGAGGUUUGGGAGAAGGUGGUGGAGUUGAGGUUGAGGAGGAUCGUGAUUAUUUCUAAAAAUCAGUAUGAUUUCAUGCUAGGUCGCUCCACUAUUGAGGCAAUUCACCUCGUGAAAAGAUUAGUGGAGCAGUAUAGGGAAAAGAAGAAUGAUUUGCACACGAAGUUCAUUGAUCUUGAGAAGGCGUAUGACAAGUUUUUCAGGAAGAUUUUGUUGAGGUGCUUGGAGGUUAAAGCAGUGUCUAUGGCAUAUACUAGGUCGAUCCAGGAUAUGUAUGAUGGCGCAAAGACUCGUGUGAGGACGAUAGCAGGAGAUUCAAAGAACUUUUCUUUUUUGAUAGGUAGCUCGACUACUGAGGCGAUUCACCUCGUGAAAAGAUUAGUGGAGCAGUAUAGGGAAAAGAAGAACGACUUGCACGUGAUGUUCAUUGAUCUUGAGAAGGCGUAUGACAAGUUUUUCAGGGAGAUUUUGUUGAGGUGCUUGGAGGUUAAAGGGGUAUCCGUGGCAUAUACUAGGUCAACCCAGGAUAUGUAUAAUGGCGCAAAGACUCGUGUGAGGACGAUAGCAGGAGAUUUAGAGCACUUUUCUUUUUUGACAGAUUUGCAUUUGGGAUCGACUCUUAGCCCAUUUUUAUUUGUCUUGGUGAUGAAUAUUUUAAUGCAACAUAUUCAAGGGGAGGUGAUUCGGUGUAUGUUAUUUACUGACGAUGUUGUACUGAUUAACGAGACUCGAGGUAGAGUUAAUGAUAAGUUGGAGGUUUGGAGACAAACCCUUGAGUCAAAGGGCUUUAGGUUGAGCAAGACCAAAACGGAGUACUUGAAAUGUAAGUUUACUAAUUUGCCACAUGAGGAUAGUGUGGUUGUGGAGUUGGAUUCUCAGGCCAUUUAG